AUGCAAAACACAAUAAUCAAGAAAUUUAUGCCACAGUGUGGGGUGGAGAGCGUACUGCAUGACUCCAACCUCAGUGGGUUGCAAGGAGAACCUGCCUCUGUAGUCUGGCCCUAAUCACACGAGAUUGAACUCCAAUCAAUGGAAACUUUACUGUUAAGCCUUACAACUAUGAGCUCCGAGACCCCAGAGACGGAAUGCAGUCCUUUUGACACAGAUAUUUUUGAUCUUGCCUGCCUUGGGCCUGCUUUUGCCAUUCUUAUAGGUCUUUCGUUCUUUGUAAAGAGAAAAAACUCACAAGUUUGCCGUGGUAGAUUUGGAGUACUUAUUCCAAUGAAUUUCCUACAAGAUCACCACAAGAACAGACUUAUGUUUGCAAUGGUGUUUGGGGCAGUUUCUGGAUCCUGCAUAAAUCUUGCUGUGAGUGCCAUUUUUGGCGUUCAGUCAUAUGCAGCUGCUUUCAAUUCACCCUGGAAAAAAGCGUUUAAAAAUGUUGCUAUGGUCCUACUUUAUGUAGUCCUCAAUUACCCAUUCUUUGCUUGCUUGUCAACAAACCAGCAAUUAGUAGGUGCUAUACUCGGGAUGGCCUACACUUUGCUGAGGUUGGUUGGACUUUUGGUUGCAGUUUCCUACUGUACCAACCCAUACAACGAGUUUGAGAGUACCGGGAUAUCACAGUAUUACGGCGCUUUGGUACAGUUACCCAUCAUCAUUUGUCAUAUCAUCUUGUUCCUCUGUUUUUGCCGAUGUUUAACCAAGAAAAUUCUAAAAAGAACGGAAAUUACAAAUCAGGUUUCGAGACAUCCCUCAGUAGCUGAGGAACACGACAAAAUCCACGUGAGAUUGUUACUUCGAAACAAGCUAGAAUCAAGCACGGUGAACACGGAUCGGUGGUACAUCAAGUUACUGAAAAAGAUCUACACCACAAGAACCGACUUCAAGUUUUCCACGCAGAUCGUGAGCAUGUUUGCAGUGAUCGCUGUAUCUAUCUAUGCUUUGACCGUUGCUGAGUUGGCGUUAGCUGAAAUUGACCCCUUCCAUCGAUAUUUCGCGAAUGACAUUUUCAAAGAUUCUUGCAUAGCGGCUGCGGUCAUUUGUACGACGCUCACGAUUCUUCAAAUGCUUCACUUCGCCAAGUGCCACAGGGACCAUGUGCUUCUGUCCUUUAAAACAAGAUCAUACAGAAAGCCUUCUCAUCUGGUGGGGCGAAGUUUGAGUUAUUGUGGCUUCCAGAUCGGCUACACAAUACUCAGUAUGAUAAUUCUGUUCAUAUUCUUGCUUCUCCUCUUUGUAAUUAUGGCAAUUAUUCCACGACUUGAAGAGAAAGUGAAACUUAUCCUGAAAAGCCUAUCAUUGAGCAUACUGCCUGUACUUGUUGUCACUGUACUGAUUAUGGCAAUUCAGAAAUUACUUUCGCUGUUCGUCUUCCGUGAUCGACAGUUGCCUGACGUCACUGUUACCAUUGACAACCAACGCCUUUUCUGCGUGAUGUCGUUGGUGUUCUUCAUGUAUAACGUCAUCGUGGGGAUUGUUUCUGCCGUCAUUCGUGGACUGAAGAGCUUGAUUCUCGGUUUCGUGUUCCUCCCUCGCAUUGACCGCACGCCCUUAAUGCAACAGUACCAACAAUGGGACAAAGGCUACCUGUCGUACGUCGGUUUCAUCAACGUCCUUAAAGCCCACAGCCACCCCGUCAUGCUGGUAUUUUGUCAGUUGCUUUUGAACGCAACCUGGCCGCGACACACAAAUAACGCCGUGGAUAUCGAAGAAGUCGCCUUUGUCCAACGUUUUUCACAAGGUGGCUUAGAAGAAGAAGGGCGCCCGCCAUUAUUUCGAAGCAGACCAGCAGCCAACCGCUGGUUCGUGGCAGUGACACUCCUGCGUAACCCUGGGCUAGCGAAGUACAGGAAAUCCGAUGACCUGGUAUUGCAGAAUGCUCUCGAAAGAAAUAAAAUGCAGCGCAGAGAUUUGCCUAUCUAAGCAGGGCUUAAAGCCCAGUGCAAACUGCGCCAGCACCUGCCAGCAUUGCUGGCGAAUUUUUGCUUGACUGACUAUAGGACAAAGGAAAUGUCAAAAUGGGAAAUGGACAUUCUGAAAUUUCGUUUGUCUUGUGGUCAGUCGAACAAGAAUUCGCCAGCAAUGCUGGCUGGUGGGUGCUGGCGCAGUUUGCACAGGGCUUAACAUGUUUAACACAUUUCAAACCCCUUUGGUGAUAAAAGUUUUUGAUAAUACCACAAGUUAGUAAUGUUAGUUUGGUAAUAAUGUUAGAAGUGUAAGUAACAAAACACUUUAGAAAAAUAGAUACUUGUCAGAUGCCGAUUUGGUUAGAGUGUGAAACAAAAUGUAAUAGUUACAGUGUAAUAGUCAAGCCAGAACAAAAGAGAACAAAGACAUUACAGUGUAUUAGUACGAAAUAAAAUAAAUAGUAUUUCAAAUGACAGUUAGAUGCGUUUUCGUUUAGUCUAGUUGCCAUAUGUAAGCACGCGUCUUGGGGUUAGCCGCUUAAGUAUAAUUUUACCAGCUUUUUGGUGUUUGGACUUACUGUUUCUUGAUAGAUGUUCGGAGAUGUUUACAUUUGAAUCCAAGCCAAAGUUAUUGCAAAAAGAAUAUUACUUAAUAUACAUCUAUAUCAAUUAAGUUUGACUAUAAGAAAAUGGAAAAUGAUUGAAUGCCAAACACCACUGGUUAUAGAAAACAAGUCUUGUAUCUGUUAAUAACAUUCAGUGAGGCUGAAUUAAGUUUGUAGCGAGGCCCUUGUAAUGAAUGAACGCAUUUUUGAUUAUUAUAUAUUAUUAUUGGCCAAACUUUGUUCAAUUUUCAAUUUUCUUAUAGUCAAACUUUAUCGAAAUAGGUGUAUAUUAUAAACCAUGAUGAUUUUUAUUACCAUAACGUUAGAAUGAGCUUAGAGUGCAAACAGUAAAACCGUGAGAGAUUAGUUAGUAAAUAGAACUACUUUGUACAAUUUAGUGAAAAUAGUUGAACUAGAACGCGAAUAUUUAGUAAAAUAGUUGGACCGUGACUUUGGCUUUUUAUUUUUUCUUGUCUCACAAGCGGCAACACUCUUUUGUGAGGGAAAUUGACAAUUCACUAUUUAGUUAUUGUACAAAAUAGUACAAUUUAGUUUUACUAAUCUUCCACGCUUUUACUGUUUGCACUCUAAUUUUUUUCAGCAUUUCAAGUAUUUUGAAUACAUAUCGUUUUUAUAAUUGUAAUUUUUAAUAAAUGCGUUGAGAUAA